AUUACACCAACACAAACACAACCUUUCUCUCCUAAAAUCACAAUGACCCACUCUCUCAUCAUCCCUCUACCUCUGCAGCACACCACUCUAUCAUCACCAUCAUCCCAUUCACCACCCACCACCCUCUCCGACGUGUCACCUCCCCUGGCCCACACGUGGCAACGCCAAGGCCCGUACCCGCCACAAAUAUUCCCCUAUAAAACCCGGUGCCUGUCUCAGUCGACAAGACACAGAUCAAACCGCAACACUCAGAUCACCCAAAUGGCCGAGGAAGCUGUUGACGCCCAGAAGCUUCGUUCCGAGUUUCACAAAGUGUUGAGUAGCAGGCGAUGUGGCGAAGUUCCGUUGACGGUGGAGCCGGCGAAACCGGUGACUGAUCCUCUGUUUCAGGAGGUUAACCCUCCAAGCUUCAGCGAGGCAAUGAAUGCUUGCCCCAAGGCUAACGUUACUAACUUUAAGGAGAAGCUUCAGGAGGAAAAUCUUUACCUAAUUACUGAGGCAGGAGAGCAGGGGAGGUUACCUGUGUUGAUUUUGAGCAUGAAGGAGGAGAAUGGUGACCAGAAGAAGCCUGCUGUUGUUUUUCUGCAUAGCACUAACAAGAACAAAGAGUGGCUAAGACCACUGCUUGAGGCGUAUGCUUCGAGGGGAUAUGUAGCAAUUGCCAUUGAUUCUCGCUACCAUGGUGAACGUGCCACCAAUAGAACCACUUACCGAGAUGCUCUCAUAUCAGCAUGGAAAAGGGGUGAUACAAUGCCUUUCUUAUUCGAUACGGUCUGGGACUUGAUAAAAUUGGCAAAUUAUCUAACACAAAGGGAGGAUAUAGACCCUGCUAGGCUUGGAAUCACUGGUGAAUCACUGGGAGGUAUGCAUGCAUGGCUAGCUGCUGCUGCUGACACCCGCUAUGCAGUGGUUGUCCCUAUAAUUGGUGUUCAGGGGUUUCGAUGGGCACUAGAGAAUGAUAAGUGGCAAGCUCGAGUUGCCAGUAUAAAACCUGUUUUUGAAGAAGCACAAACUGAUCUAAACAAAAGUGCGAUUGACAAAGAAGUAGUGGAGAAGGUGUGGGAUAGGAUUGCUCCAGGUCUGGCCUCUCAGUUUGAUUCUCCCUAUACGGUUCCAGCUAUUGCACCGCGUCCUCUAUUGAUCUUAAAUGGUGCAGAAGAUCCUCGAUGUCCACUCGCUGGUCUAGACGUUCCUAAAGCGAGAGCACUCAAGGCUUACGAAGCUGCAAAGACUGCAGAUAAAUUUAAGUUAAUAGCAGAGCCCGGCAUCGGCCACCAAAUGACCGCUCUUAUGGUAAAAGAGGCAAGCCAUUGGUUUGAUCAAUUUCUCAUGUGGUGAGGCGCUGUUUGGUGAAAAUUGUUGUCUAAAAUCUCUCUUCCAGUGUAUAAUAGAUGUGUCUGUCAUUUCUUGGCGCUUGUAAGAAUAACUGUGAGAGUUGUGGUUAUCUCAUUUAUGUUGUAUUCAUUAUUGGUGAAGUAUGUAAGAACCAUGCAACAAAUUAAAUGCUUAGUAAGAAGAGUAUGUCAGUUUAAUCGGUUA